AUGGCAGCGAGAUUCCGAGGCCAAUCAGGGAAGAGACACAGAAGGAAUGUCUUUACCUACAGCAUAGAUACAUCAGUUUCUGGAAACCUGACGAUAUCACCAUACUGUGGUGUGCAAAAUUCAGUCACAGGCUCUAUUGCAGAGGUCAUCAGCAAUAUAACUGACUACUUCCUUAAUGCACAAACAAGUAGUUCACCUGACGAGGCUGAAUGCAUGACUAACUUGCUCUCAGAAGUAGUUACAAAGUUGGAAAGUGGAGAAAUCGCUAAUAUUACAGAUGCGGCUUUGGCAGCCAAAAUCGACAGUGCUGUCUUGACGCUAUCUACACUUAUCCAACAACUGGAAGGACAAGCGUCAACAGCAGCAUCUACCACAACUUCUUCACGAUCCACAACAACUCAAUCACCAACUACAACAACCAUUGCAGCAACAACUACAACUCAAUCGAUAACCACAACAACUCCUUCAGCAACCACUACAACUCAAUCACCAACCCCAACAACACCUGCAGCAACCACAACAACUCAAUCACCAACCAGCAACCACAACAACUCAAUCACCAACAACAACUCCUGUAGCAACCACACAACUCAAUCACCAACAACAACUCCUGCAGCAACCACAACUCAAUCAACAACAACAACUCAUGUAGCAACCACAACAACCCCUGCUGCAACCACUACAACUCAAUCACCAACAACAACAACUCCUGUAGCAACGACAACAACACAAUCACCUACUACAACAACUCUUGCAGCAACCACCACUCCUGCAGCAACCACAACAACUCAAUCACCAACUACAACAACUCCUGCAGCAACCACUACAACUCAAUCACCAACAACAACAACUCCUGCAGUAACCACAACAACUCAAUCACCAACAACAACAAAUCCUGCAGCAACCACUACAACUCAAUCAACAACAACUCAAUCACCAACUACAACAACAUCUGCAGCAACCACAACAACUCAAUCACCAACCACAACUCCUGCAGCAACCACUACAACUCAAUCACCAACAACAACCACUCCUGCAGUAACCACAACAACUCAGUCACCAACAACAACAACUCCUGCAGCAACCACUACAACUCAAUCACCAACCACAACAACUCGUGCAACAACCACUACAACUCAAUUACUAACAACAACAACUCCUGCAGUAACCACAACUCAAUCACCAACAACCACAACAACCCCUGCAGCAACCACUACAACUCAAUCACCAACAACAACAACUCCUGUAGCAACUACAACAACACAAUCACCUACUACAACAACUCUUGCAGCAACCACCACUCCUGCAGCAACCACAACAACUCAAUCACCAACCACAACAACUCCUGCAGCGACACACUACACUCCAUCACCACAACAACACUCCUGCAGUACCACAACCCCUCAAUCACCAACAACAACAGCUCCUGCAGCAACCACUACAACUCAAUCACCAACAACAACAACUCCUGCAGUAACCACAACAACUCAAUCACCAACAACAACAACUCCUGCAGUAACCACUACAACUCAAUCAACAACAACUCCUGCAGCAACCACAACAACUCAAUCACCAGCUACAACAACAUCUACAGCAACUACAACAACUCAAUCACCUACUACAACAACUUUUGCAGCAACUACAACUACUCAAUCAUCAACAACAACAACUCCUGCAGCAACCCCAACAACUCUAUUGUCAACAACAACUCCUGCAGCAACCACUACAACUCAAUCACUAACAACAACAACUCCUGCAGUAACCACAACUCAAUCACUAACAACAACUCCUGCAGCAACUACAACAACUUCAAUCACCAACCACAACUCCUGCAGCAACCACAACAACUCAAUUACCAACAACAACAACUCCUGCAGCAACCACAACUCAAUCACCAACUACAACAACACCUGCAGCAACAACGACAACAACUCAUUCACCAACUACAACUCUUGCAGCAACUACAACUCAAUCACCAACCACAACAUCUCCUGCAGCAACCACAACCAAUCAGUCACAACAACAACAACUGCUGCAGCAACCACAACAACUCAAUCACCAACCACAACAACUCCUGCAGCAACCACAACAACUCCUGCAGCAACCACAACAACUCCUGCAUCAACUACAACUCAAUCACCAACAACAACAACUCCUGUGGCAACCACAACAACUCAAUUACCAACAACAACUCCUGCAGCAACCACAACAACUCAAUUACCAACAACAACAACUCCUGCAGCAACCACAACUCAAUCACGAACUACAACAACACCUGCAGCAACUACAACAACUCAAUCACCAACUACAACAACUCUUGCAGCAACUACAACAACUCAAUCACCAACCACAACAUCUCCUGCAGCAACCACAACCACUCAGUCAUCAACAACAACUGCUGCAGCAACCACAACAACUCAAUCACCAACAACAACAACUCCUGUGGCAACCACUACAACUCAAUCACCAACUACAACUCCUGCAGCAACUACAACAACUCAAUCACCAACAACAACUUCUGCAGCAACCACAAUAAAUCAAUUACCAACAACAACAACAACUCCUGCAGCAACCACAACAACUCAAUCACGAACUACAACAACACCUGCAGCAACUACAACAACUCAAUCACCAACUACAACAACUCUUGCAGCAACUACAACAACUCAAUCACCAACCACAACAUCUCCUGCAGCAACCACAACAACUCAGUCAUCAACAACAACUGCUGCAGCAACCACAACGACUCAAUCACCAACUACAACAACACCUGCUGCAACUACAACUCAAUCACUAGCCACAACAACUCCUGCAGCAACCACAACAACUCAAUCACUAACCACAACAACUCCUGCAGCAACCACAACAACCCCUGCAGCAACCACAACAACUCAAUCACCAACCACAACAACCCCUGCAGCAACCACAACAACUCAAUUACUAACCACAACAACUCCUGCAGCAAGCACAACAACUCAAUUACUAACCACAACAACUCCUGCAGCAACCACAACAACUCAAUUACUAACCACAACAACUCCUGCAGCAACCACAACAACCCCUGCAGCAACUACAACAACUCAAUCACGAACCACAACAACUCCUGUAGCAACCACAACAACUCAAUCACCAACCAUAACAACUCCUGCAGCAACUGCAACAACUCAAUCACCAACAACUCCUGCAGCAACCACCACAACUCAAUCACCAACAACAACAACUCCUGCAGCAACCACUACAACUCAAUCACCAACAACAACAACUCCUGCAGCAACUACAACUCAAUCACCAACUACAACAACUCUUGCAGCAACUACAACAACUCAAUCACCACCUAGCAACAAACUACAAACUUCUUGCACCAACAACAACAACAACUCAAUCACCAACUACAACAACACCUGCAGCAACCACAACAACUCAAUCACCAACUACAACUCAAACACUCAACACUCAAUCAACAUACAAACAACUCUUGCAGUAACUACAACAACUCAAUCACCAACUACAACUCCUGCAGCAACCACAACAACUCCUGCAGCAACCACUACAACUCAGUCACUAACAACAACUCAUGCAGCAACCACAACUCAAUCACCAACUACAACAACACCUGCAGCAACCACAACAACUCAAUCACCAACUACAACUCCUGCAGCAACCACUACAACUCAGUCUCUAACAACAACAACUCCUGCAGCAACCACAACAACUCCUGCAGCCUCCACAACAACCCCUGCAGCAACCACAACAACUCAAUCACCAACAACAACUCAUGCAGUAACCACAAUGACUCUAUUAUCAACCACAACCUCUGCAGCAACCACAACUCCUUCACCAACCACAACUACCCCAGCAGAAACCAUGACUACUCCAUCGCCAACUACAACAACUGUUGCAGCAACCAAAACAACUCCUCCAGCAACAACAACAGCCCUUGCUGCAACCACAACAAGUCUAACACCAACCACAACCCCUGGGGCAACCACAACUCCUGGAGCAACCAUUACAACUCCAUCACCAACCACAACAACUCCUGCAGCAACCACAACAACUUCAUCUCUAACAACAACCCCUGCAGAAACCACAUCUCAAUCACCAACCACAACAACCUCUGCAGCAACUACAACAUCUCCAAAAACAACAACCCCUGCAGCAACUACAACAACUCCAUCACCAACCACAACAACCACUGCAGCAACCACAACUCCAUCUGCAACAACAACCCCUACAGCAACCACAACAACUCCAUCUCUAACAACAACGACCACAGCAGCAACCACAACAACCUCUGCAGCAACUCCAACUCGUCCAUCACCAACCACCACAACCACUUUAGCAAUCACGACAACUCCAUCACCAACUACCACAACCACAAUAACUCCAUCUCCAACAACAACCCCUGUAGUAACAACAGCUUCAUCACCAACUACAACAACUCCUGCAUCAACCACGACGUCUCCAUCACCACCAAUAUCCACCCCAGCUCAAACUACAACAUCCUCAACUCAAAGCACAACAACUCGUUCCCUAACAACAUCCACAACAGCAGCAGCUCCAACUACAACUCAACCAUCAACCACAGCCCCAGCUCCUCCUACAACUCCAACUCCAACUACUACCAUCUCAGGUACAUUUAGCCAAAACCAAACCACUUACUCUGAAAGUGAAAAUCUCAAUUUUCUCAAAUCGAAAUGUGGAAAUGUUUUAAUGCCCUCUGAUUAUCUCCAUUUCUUUACUAUUCGCACACAAAGAUUUGGUAUUAAAAUUCAUAGUCACAAGGACCUUGCAAGAAGCAUAGAUACAUCAGUUUCUGGAAACCUGACGAUAUCACCAUACUGUGGUGUGCAAAAUUCAGUCACAGGCUCUAUUGCAGAGGUCAUCAGCACUAUAACUGACUACUUCCUCAAUGCACAAACAAGCACUUCACCUGACGAGGCUGAAUGCAUGACUUUAUUGCUCUCAGAAGUAGUUGCAAAGUUGGAGAGUGGAGAAAUCGCCAAUGUUACAGAUGCGGCUUUGGCAGCCAAAAUCGACAACGCUGUUUUGGCGGUAUCUGCACUUAUCCAACAACUGGAAGGACAAACGUCAACAGGUAAAGGAAUUACGAAUUUUGCCUUGAAAUUCUAA